UAUUAUGUUCUUCUAUUAUCAUGUGAUUUUUAUUUACCAUGAGAUUUUGACUAAGUGUUUCUUGUUUUAACUGCUGCGAGGGCGUUAAUGCGCGAAAAAUUUUCACACGUGCGUAAAAUCAGGAAUUUUGACGUUUGACGUGCGUUUACGUUAUAUUCGAAAUUGCACGUAUCUUUCAAGCAUUUAUUAUAGUAUCACUAAGUCGUGACGCGUGUGAGCAAAUAUUGCCCAAGUAUUUUCCGGUUGACGACGAGAUUUAAAUAAUCGUAAUUGUCGACGCUGCAAGGAUUAAGAUGGACGAUUACAAAAUUGAGCUAGAUCGAGAGACUGGACUCUACUGCUCGAUGUAUUUAUUUACUGAUGUUACGAAUAUUGCUGAAAUUCGCGAAAAAGUCGUCACUGGAAAGCUUCGUUGUUGCGUGGUGAAAGCAUCACUUGUAAUCGACGCUUUUCAGGCGGUGGUGGCUGUCAACAAAGCUGCCCUCAAUGCUAAACAAAAUCGAUUAAUUACCAAGACUAUGUACACGGAGAUUUUAUUUUAUUUAUCGACAUCUAAAAAGAUAUCACAUGCCUUGACUGAAUUUGGUAUCAAUGAUAGUGACAAGAAUAUCCUGGUAAUAUUGAUACAUGAGCUUCACGAGGAACAAUCUACAUUGGAAGAAGUCUUAGGUAGUAUCGAAGGAGAAAGAGCACCUGUUUCAAGAAUACAGGAGUUUGCAGACACGAAUCUUAUAAUGAAAACCUACAAAAUCAACAAAGAUGAAUUGCGUGUUUCUAGUCUUCUUAAUGCUAUCGUAUCAAGGAUCAGCUGUAAGGAGUUCAUGUUAUAACAAAGAUUGAAGAAAGUAAAGGUGUGUUUAUAUCAAUUAUUAUUAUAGGAAAAGAUAUAUUUAAAAUAUAAGUAUGU